AUGUCCUUUGUGUCUGAGCGCAUCUUUGCCGAGCGCCGCUUGGAAGCCACGGUGCAAAGGGCCGAGUUGGCUUUGGCCAAGGCAACCCCCACCUUCGCACGGCCCGCGGUGCCCGCGGUGCCGACGGUGCCGACGGUGCCGGUGACCGCCGAACCGGUGGUGCCGGGUUCACCUGCGCCCAGCCGGAGAACGGAGCAGCUGGAAGGUGCCAUGCGGAACGUGCCAAGUGGAAAGGCGAGAGAUCGGGACUUGGUGUUUCCAAAGCUCGAUUGGCCUCCCAGGCAGGUGAAAAGGAUUCCUACACAGACCUUGUGGUCAAAGGUUCCCAAGCUUCCCAAUGGUCCCCAGGGCUCUGGCAGCCCGGAGUUCGAGCAGCGUGUCGAUGCUCUCCGUUGGCGCUUGACACAGACGUUGCUUCCUCCCAUGCCGACACGCGAGACCACGCAUGGCGCAUCUGACCUGUCUCCAGUUGAGACCUGGCCAACGGCAGACGAUGGGGAUGAGAGGGAGGAUGAGAGGCUUCAAGAAAUCCAACGACUCACGCAGGCACAGGCACAUGCAGAGGAGGCGGUGGCCAGGAUGCAUGUGGAGCUUUCGGAAUUCACAGAGGCACGAGCGCGGACUGAAGAGGGUGUUGCAAAGAUCCGUUCAGAGUAUUCCGAGCUGACAGAGGAACAAGCACAGACUGAUGGGGAUGUUACAGAGAUGAACUGUGAGAUUUCCCAGCUUUCACAGGCCCGCGUGCAGGCUGAAGAACGUGUUGCAAAGAUCCAUUUGGAGUAUAUCGAGCUGACAAAGGCAUGCGCACGCUCUGAAGAGGAUGCUGCAGAGAUGCGUUUGGAACAUUCAGAGGAACUGCAGACUUUGGAGUCUACCUUGCAGGCCUGCAAAGACUUUUCGGAAGAUGUUGCUAGUCAGAAGGAAGAGUUGAAGGAGCGCCUCAGACUUACAGAGAUCAUGACCCAGGAGGCCAUAGAGGCGCAAGUGGAGGCCUUCCGCGAGAUGGACUUUGAUUUGGCAGGCAUGGAGCUGAAGCUGCAGAACGAGCAGAAUGAGCUUGAAGUGGUGGCCAGGGAGGGUGUUCUGCUCGAGGAGCAUUGGUCCACAAAAGCGGAAGAGCUCAGGCACGAGCUAAGUGAGGAGUUGAAGCUUGCAGAACUGCUACCUUCCAUUGAACUUCAAUCUGCAGAGAGUCAGGCGAAGGCGGAGCUGUGUGCUGGGCGUCUUGCCGAGCAACGUGCGGAGCUGUGUGCCGACCACGAGCGCGACCGUGACCAGCGGGACCAGCUGGACCAGCUGCAGCUGCAGCUGCGGGAAGAAUGUGCUGUGGCGGGGAGAAGGGAGGAACAAAACCGCUACCUGCAUGAGAUUUGCCAGUUCAAUCCAGGUUUCGAUGCAGUGUGGCUGAUUUGCCUUUAA